AUGUCUUCCUCCAUUCUUUUCGCUGCCGGUCUUCUUGUCGGCGCCGCUCAGGCCUACACCCAGGUCAAUGUUGCCUCUCCCUUUAUGCUCAAGAACAUCGAUCCCAUUGUCUUUCCCGGCGAGUACAGCAAGUCUCAUCUCCACUCGUUCUUCGGCUCCGAUGCCGUCACCGUCAACACCAAGACGAGCGCGGAACUGCAAAAGGGCUGCACCAAUGCCGAGAACCCCAACGAUCUCUCCGUCUACUGGAUCCCUACGCCGCUCUACACCGCUGAUGGAACGAACUACGAACCUAUCCCUGUUAUGCGCUUCAGCGCGUACUACAACCUCGGCGAAACACCCGCUGAAGUUCCUAUUCCUCAGAACUUGAAGAUGGUCGCCGGCGACGCCAACGCCCAGACUCAAGUUGACAUGCCCGCCGACGCCAAAGCAGAGUGGACCUGCGAGAGCGAGGCCAUCCCCCUCGGCGCAAACGGCUUCCCAACCUCAACCUGCGCAACCCACCUCCAGCAACUCCUCUACUUCCCGCAGUGCGUCAACGAACAGACCCUCGAAACAGCCUACAAGUCACGCGACUACGGCACCGCAAACUGGUGUCCCGAGGGCAGCAAGUCGAUGCCCCAGCUGCGCUUCAGCAUCCGUUACGAUCUGCGCAAGGUGCUGCCCAACGGGUGGAGCGGCGAGGCGCCGUUCAAGCUUGCGUGUGGAAAUGCGUUCUGCUCGCAUGGCGAUUUCAUCAAUGGCUGGACUGAGGAGGCGGCCAAGAAUAUGGUUGCUACUACGAUGGAGAAGCAGAAGUUUAGUGCUGUUGAGGGUGCGCUUGGGGCGCCGGAUGCGGGACCGACUUGUGAGGCUAAGGAUGCUGAUCCGGAGAAUGGUACUAGUGAUUAUAAUGAGAGCGUGGCUGUGAUGAACAAGCGGGAUGUUUCGGCUUGGGGAUGGAAGUCCAAGGCUCGUGUUGUUCGUGCUUAG